CACUGGUCACACUUUUUUGGUGAAGCACGUGCGCGCGUAAAGGGGAGAAUCACUAGAAACACGCAGCCAGGAUGCAGAACACCUUCAUCCCAUUGAACAUACGGCGUUUCCAACAGCGGGCUCAGGUGGAAACGCCGGAUACGGUGUACUGGGACCGUCUGGCGAAACCGGAACUCCUCAAGGAGCAUAACACCAUCGAUUAUUUGGACUUCAGCCCCAGCGAUCCCGACAACUUUGUGGUGACCUGUUCGGUGCGCGUGCAGAUCUACAACCUGGUGACCAAGCUCGUGGUGAAGAACCUUUCCCGAUUCCAAAAGACCGCAUACGGAGCCACCUUCCGGCAGGAUGGUCGUCUCCUGGCCGCCGGCGACGAGGAGGGUCACGUUAAGCUAUUUGACACCACCAGCCGCAACAUCUUGCGUUUGUUCAAGGGACACACGGCGCCGGUGCAUCGCACCUUCUUUACAGCGGACAAGCUGCAGCUAGCCAGUUUUGGAGAUGAUAGGUCGGUCCGUCUGUGGGACGUGGCCAACGAGAAGGUGGUACAAACCUACGAGGACACGCACACCGACUAUAUUCGUGCCGGCGCUAUGCAUCCGCAGGCAGGGCACAUGUUCGUCUCCGGUGGCUACGAUGGCAAAAUCAAUCUGUACGAUACGCGAGCCGAAAAGGCGGUGCAGCACACCUUGGAUCAUGGAGCUCCGGUGGAGUCGAUGUUGUUCCUUCCCAACGGUUCCAUAUUCGUCAGCGCCGGUGGCAGCCAGGUUCGCGUAUGGGAUCUCAUCAGCGGCUGCCGUCUGCUCACCAUGAUGUCACAGCAUCACAAAACCGUAACUUGCCUGCGACUGGGCUCCGAUGGCAAGAGAUUGCUCUCAGGCGGGCUCGAUCGGCACGUGAAAAUCUACGAUGUUAGCACCUACAAGACAGUGCACACGUUGACCUAUCCCAAUGCCGUGGUCAGCAUGGCUGUCGCUGGCAAAGAUCAGGCAGUUGUGGCUGGAAUGGUCGAUGGUCUGGUCUCCAUUCGUCGCAUGAUUGUAGACAGCAAGCCUAGUCAUUUGAAAAAGAUUCGUGCGGAGCGGACACGCGGGCACUUCAAAGAUUUGACACGCCCGACCCCCCACCAGGAGGUUGAUCACACCAUCAAGGAUCGAGUCAAUUGGUCCGGCUUGAAAACCUACGAUAAGCAGUUGCGCGCUUUUAACCACAAGAGGGCUUUGGACAACGCGAUGAAUACGCAGAGGAUGGCAAAUCAUCCGGAGGUCCUUGUGGCCGUCAUUACGGACCUUCUGCACCGUAAGUCUCUGGACAAAGCCCUCACUGAUCGUCGCGACGCCACGCUUGUUCGAUUCAUCGACUUUAUCUGCAAACAUGUGAGUGAGACGCGAUUCAUGCGCCCGUUGAUGAUGGCCGCCAGCACGGUCUUGGAGGUUUUCGAGCGGCGAUUGGUGGCCUACAGCCCGAAGCUGAUGCGUGCAUUGGAACGAUUGUCAAGUGCUAUGCAGGAGGAAGUGAGACUUACUACCGAGCUGAUGCGGCUAAAGGGCGCCAUGGACAUGCUUAUUGGGGUUUCAAUGGACAAUGGCGAGGUGGCCCAUAAGCCCACAUAUGUGGAGACUAAGACACCGAGGAUGCAGCCCUCUCAGGCGGCGGAAAAGUACGUGGUCUUUGUGGAGUGACCCAGGCCGACGUAGAACGAUAUAGCCAGCUAGUUUUAGUCUAAAGUAAAAAUUAGAAUACUGGAAUUUUGUUUAUAGUUUAAGAAAUACACAUUUAACCAAAACGAAA